AUGUCAUCUGAAGCGCUCAAUUCACCGCCUGCCACUUCGGCGCUCUCCUCCGAGUCGAGUAGCAACGUACGGAGUCUCAAGCCCGUCAUCAAGAAUGUCGACAUGUCCGAAGACAUGCAAUCGGAAACCAUCGAAAUCGCGUACGACGCAUUGGAAAAGUUUAGCGUUGAGAAGGACAUGGCAGGCCACGUCAAGAGGACCAUGGAUCAGAAAUUCGGUCCUACUUGGCAUGCCGUCGUGGGUCAGAGGUAUGGAAGUUACGUAACCCACGAAACCAAACACUUUAUCUACUUUUACUUGGGCCAAAUGGCCUUCCUCCUUUGGCGUGCGUAG